AACACCAAUAAUUGGUUGAAUGCAAUAUAAUACCUCUCCUUUAAAAUGAGUAGGUUUCUAUGUAGGCACUCCUCUUUUAGCAUUAUAAUUAUAUGCAGCUCAUGUUUCUAUUGGAAGAGCUCUCCAAACAUUAAAAAUUAUAGUCCUACAAACAGUAGUAAUAUGGAAUUCGGAUUCGGCAUCACGGGUUCCUCUGGCAACGGAAUGAGUUCCGAAGUUCCGGUCGAAACCACCUCGGUCGCCAUGGUUGUGCCUUCCUCACCGCUGCCCUUCGGGUCAAGUGUGGGGGCCGCCACCAUGACCUCCUUCUCGAUGCCAAGCUCGAUCUUCGGGUCGGCCCCUCGACCCAUUCCCGGGCUCGAAACCACGGGGGAUUACCCCGUCGGUAAUUCAAACCCAUUUCUCGGACCGACUAUGGCUUCGGCCUCAAAGGUCAACUUUGGACUCCCCACACCGGUCAAUCUAUUCGUUGGACCUCAUUGGGCGACCAACGGGCCUUUCCUCCACACGCCCAAUGCAGUUGGGCCGAUUUUGGUGCCCGCUAGUUCGGUUCAAAGGCCACCGAAGUUCAAUGGCAUGAACUUCAAAAUGUGGCAACAAAAGAUGACGUUCUUCAUGACCGUCCUAGGAUUUGCUGAGUACCUGCAGCAAGAUCCUCCCCAGCCCAACGUAGCCAACGACCCCCUCGUGGCGAUGGUGAACCAAGCAUGGUACCACAACAACUACCUCGCCAUCAACAUUAUCCUUGAGGGGUUGGGAGAUACGCUGUACCCCGUCUAUGCCGGUGCUAAGCUUGCAAAAGAGCUUUGGAAUAGCUUGUACAAGAAGUAUCAAGCUCAAGAUGCCGGCACGAAGAAAUUCAUUGUCGGGAAGAUGCUGGACUACAAGAUGGUCGACAGAAAAUCUGUUGUCGCCCAAGCUGAAGAGCUUACGGUCAUCUUCAAUAAAUGCAACAAAGAGAAAGUAGGCGUCAGUGAAGAAUUCCAAGUGGCAGCCAUCAUCCACAAACUUCCUUGGUCAUGGGAAGAUUUCCAAGCCGACCUCAAGCUCAAAAGAACGGAGCUAAACUUGGAGCAAUUGCUCACGCGGUUGAGGAUCCGAGAGGAAGGGCUUCCCAGAAGAGGUGGAGGGGCAAAGGCGAAUGUGGUAGAACAUCCGUCGGGCUCUUCACAUGGCGGGAAGGACAAAAAUUAAAGAAAAUGGGUCCUAAAGGUGGGGUUU